CACCGUGCGGCAAUCAUUCGUAGUUGAAUUUUUAAACGGUUCACAACAACACAAGACGCAACAGGUGGAAAACAAAACAAAGAGUUGAAAAAAAUAUAAAUAAAAGCAAAAGUUUAGUGGAAAUAUAGUAAUAAAAACAAAAAAAAAGAACCAUAAAAACAUUAAAAUAAAGUGGAAAAUAAACAAUAAAUAAAAUUAAAACAAAAAAAAAAUUGCAAGGUUUGCAUUAAUAAUACAAAAACAAACAAAAAACUGCAGUGAAAAAGAGAGACAGAAAAGAAAAAUCUAGAACAAGCAGCAGAAAAACUCCAUUUUGAAGUGAAGUGGAAAAAAAUACAAAGUGGUGGUUUAGGAAUUUGGAAAAAAGUUAAAGAAAAAGUGCCUUUUUGUGAGAAAAUUAAAAGAAAAAAGGUUCCUAUUUGUUUAUUAUAAAAUUUAUUUUAUUAAAAACCAGUUGGAAGAAAAUAUUUAAACAAAAUGGCUUUUAUGAUGCCGGUAAUGAAAAACAAUUACGAUAUCUAUAAAGAUAAAGGACGUUCACGUAAAACCUCAGAAUCCUCCAAUGGCACAGGAGCCAACAGCACGGCUACACCCAAUAUGGCCUCAGCCAUGGGUAUAAAUCCCAACUCCAGGGGUAGACAAAGAAUGAAGUCUGAAUCAUUUGCCAGUUCACCCAGUCACACCUAUCGCAUGCAAAUGCAAAGAUGUCAAUCACAAAAAACCUUUCCACGUAAUGCUUCGCGAACUUCAACCAGUUCAGCUGCACUAUCGCCCACCCGAUCCUUUUGUCAACCCUCACAAAGUCCACCCAAACAAAGUAACACAACAACAGCUUCAGCAAACAAUCAAACUGGCUCCCAGAAUGAUAUAAGUAAAUUUCAUUUACGUUUAGUGGAUAAGUUACGUAAAUCCUUUCGCAAGGAUUCAGCCAAACGUUCAUGAAAGUCAUCCGGUGUAAAUCAAAACGAGGAAAAUGAGCCUCAAUUAACACCAACAGCAACAACAACAACAGCAGAUAUAAAUAAAACUUCUAUAAAAAGUUCAGAGCCUAGCGCUGAACCCCCCGCCACUUUAUUAAACGAUAAAAGUAGCAGCAGUAGUAGUAGUAGUACACUUAAGACUGAGGUUCAACGCUAUGACGACUUAGUCGUCCAACAAACGGCAAAACUGGAGGACACUAAACUAAAUCCUUCUAAUCCUUUGUAUAACUUAAAUGACCAACAGCAGCCGCCACACAAAUCCCACUCUUUAGCCUCUCAAUUGGGUAAACGUUUUACGGCUCCUUUAAUUAAAGCCAACAUCAAAAGAUGUCACAAAAAAUUCAGUCAUCUACAAUUACAUCAUUAUCACCAGCCCUUACAACACCCUUCACACUCUGCGGAUAAGUCCUCCGUAAAACUUUUAACAUCUACUUCGACAUUGGAAUUGUUUCAACAAGACUGUGAAAAUUUCACCAAACUAGAACAUAAACCUUUAAUGAAAAAUAUGCAAAAAACCGCCGAGUCGACAGGUUUUACCGAAAAAUCUAAUAAAAAAUCUCCCGAAAAAAGUGCAGCCGGCCUGAGACAGGCUAGAAGACGUAAACGUUUAAUAUUUAUGCGCCGCUCGACGAAAAGUGCUCCCGGUUAAAGGUAAAGCGAGUAGUAGAAAGUUGUUAAGUAGUUUUUGCUAAAGUAGUUUGUUGUAAAUUGUAAAAAUUAAAAAAAAAAUUUAAGUAAAAUUUUGUGAAAAACAAAAACUUAAGAAAAUUUUAAAAAACUUAAAUUUUUUUUAAGGAUAUUGAAAGAUAAUUUUAAAAUAAAAGAUUUUUUUCAGGAAUUUUUAUAAAAUAUGUUUGUAAAAUUUUACAAAACUUUUAAAAAAGACAGUUUUGAAAUGUAACUUUAAAAAAUUUGGAAAUUUUUUAUAAAAAACCUUUCUUUUAAGAAAAUUUUCUUGAAAAUCAAAAUUUCUUGAAAAAACACAACAUUUUGCUGCUUGCAAAAGAAUUUUUAAGCGCAAUUUUGUAAAAAAAUAUUUAAAAUCUUGAAAAAAAGGUUUUCAAAAUUAAAAAUUUUUAAAACAAAAUCUUUUUAUCGAUAAAUGGGUUUUAAAAUGGGGGUUUUACUUUAAAAAAACGCCCAAAAGUACACUUUAUUGCAUUUUUAAACAUUUUGGCGUUUUCUUCCAUCUGGCAACUUUGUUAUGAUUGAGUAGAACAAGAACAAGUUUAUUUACUAAUCUAAUUGAUUGCCUUUUUGCCCUUCAAAUAGCAAAAAAAUUGCACUUUUUGGCCUUUUCAAAAAGUAAAUCUCUAUUUUAGCGAUUUUUUUCAAUCUGGCAACUUUUUUGAAUUGAAUCGAAAAACAAACAAUAUCUGGUUUGUUCACUAAUCUUAAUGGUUGCCUUGUAGUGCUUCAAAUUGCAAAAAAACUUGCACUUUUUUUGCCCUUUUUAAACAUUUUAAAAAUAAGUUUUUAUUUUAGCGAUUUCAUCAAUCUGGCUACUUUGAUAUUAUUAUUUUGAAUAAACAAACAAUGUUAGGUUGAAUGCAAAUCCCUAUAGCGGCCUUUCUUCGCCUUCAAAAUGCAAAAAAUUGCACUUUUUUCUUGUUAUUAGUUUUUUGAAACAUUUUUGGCGAUUUUUACAUCGGAUCAAUAAAAUCACAUUAUUUUAAGGGUUUAUGCGCUCUGGCUACCUUGUUUUCAUUGUGACAAGCUAGCUAAAGUCAAUUUUGUUACAUAAUUUGCCAAAAAUUUGCAACAUUUUUUGCCCUGAAACUGAAUAUUUUGUGAUUUUUUCCAAGUGGCAACUUUUUUAUGAUAGAAUUGAGAAUUUUGCCAAGAAACAUUUAUAUUUUAGUGAUUUUUUGGUAUUAGGCUAACUUUUAAGAACUUAAAUUUAUAUAAUGUUGCCCUCAAAUUGCAUUUUUUUUUUUGCCUUUUUAGAGAAAAAAACCUUAUUUAGGCGAUUUUUCUUCUAUUUGACUAACUGACAAAGUUUUUUCUUCUCAAAAUGAUGUUAAUGCCAAGUGGUAUUUAGGGGACAUUUUCGUCUCUCGGUUGCUAAACUAGAAGAACUUUAGAGUUCUUUACAAUUUAGCUUAAAAAGGCCGGUAAUUUAGUACAAGAUAUAGUGAAAUCUUUGAAAGAUUUCAAGGCUAAAUCAUGUCCAUAUAUUCAGCGCCCUUGAAGGUCUGAGAUCUCAAUCGAAUGAUUAUCCUUAAAAAAAGGACUACCGGGCCGGUAAUACCGGCUCUACAGCUGUUACUUUGUUGACAUUUAUUUAAACAUUUAUGCAUUCGAGUUAAAACCGAUUGAGGUAUCAAAACAUCUUAGUCUAAAGACCCCUAGACAGGGAAGCAACAUAAGACAUGAGAUAUUGAUUAAAAUUUGCUAUCGAUUAAAAUUUGACAGCCUUCCAGUGUAGUGUUUUAAACAUUUGUAAAAGUUCCUAACAUUUUUCCAUUUUUUCUUAGAAACCUUUUGAAAAGUUGAAUACUUUUUAGAACUAAAAAUUAACUGAGUCCUCCUUUGAAAAUUUUCUUCAUUAAAACUUUCGUAUAAACUCAUCAAGGUCUUUUAUAAUUAAAUUCGAAAAGAAAUGGUAAAGCAGAGCAUAACAUAAUGAUUAUUUACAAUAAGUUAUUGUCGCAACGAAAGUUUAAAAACACAUUCUCUCUAAAGCAAAAAAAAAGAAAAUACAGGAUGUCUAUAGCACCUACUCUUCCUACACCUGCUACUUCUCCUACCCCCCUCUAUCAAAACCCCAACAACAAAUGUAAAUUGUAAAAACAUACAAUUUAACACAACCUAGAAAAAAGCAAAACCCCUGCUAUACUAAAUAAUGAUAAAACUGAAAUAUUUUGGCUAAAAGCCAACUAUUGUGCAAAAUGCUUUUGCCAGCAAAAACGAAAAAAAAAAAAAUGCAUUACAGGAAUUCAAGAAAAAAAAGCUUCACAAAAUCUAGAAAAAAAA